AUGAUUCAUUCAAAAGUUGUCGCAAUCGCAUCUUUUAUUCUUUUACUUUUUGCUAACACCAGUCAUGCUCAAAUGAUGGACUAUAAAGUAAUUGCUACUUUGAACCAAACCCUUUAUACUUCCAUGUCUGUUGUAGUAGACGAUAUUGCUUAUCCAUUGAAGUCGAAUUCGACCUACCCUAUUAUUUUUUCAGGAGAGGCUCCCAUUCCAAAGUCAGGAUAUCGAUAUGCUAAAACAGCCAACGCCACUGGUGAGCAGUUAUUGGAACCAUUUUUACGCUCUCCCCAAGCCAUUGAAAGCACGCCGCAUGAAUUUUUUAAUCGUACCUGGAACAAGCACCCCAAUGCUCGUAUACCUCAGGUAUAUUCUGCUACCAGCCCAAGAGAUCGUGUGGUUUCAUCAUUGCAUAAGGAUGACGAAAUCCCUACCAUUCAUUUCAUUGCUAACCAAACGGCAUUGGACUUAAUGCAUCGUAGCUACCUAGCUGAUCCUGUAACCGUGGAUACAACGGUUUCUUACAUUUCCUUAAAAGAUGCAUUUCAAUUCAAGAAUGUCGAACUCUCAUUAUCCGGCCGUAGUAGCCAAUUGUUGGCCAAGCUAUCUUACAUCUUAAAAAUACAAAAGAAGGAAUCCUUGUUUGGUUAUCGGCGCAUUAAACUUCGUGGUCUGGGUUUUGAUCCUUCUUAUGUACGGGAGCAAAUGGGUUAUGAUAUCUUGUCUUCGGUCGGUGUAGCUUCUACGGAAUUUUCUUAUGUUCGUGUGUUCAUGAAUGAUCGAGAGAUUGGUUUAUUUGGUCUUGUUGAAGCUUUUCAAAAUCCAUGGUUGGCCAAUGAAUUUGCUGGAGGCGAUACUUCUUAUAAAAAUGGUUAUCUCUAUCAAGGAACGGGUGCGCCUUCAUCUGCCGGAGAUACUUCUGAUUUAGCUUAUUAUGAAAACAAUAUCACUGCAUAUGCAGGUGGUCAAUACAAAGUCAAGGAAGAAGCAGAUGGUGAAUCCAAGGAUAAUUUCCAGCCUUUGAUGGAUUUCACAAAAUUCAUUGCUGAAGCUCCUGUUAACACAUCUGAUGCUGCAGCUGUUUGGAAUAAGACUAUGGAUACGGAAGCGUUUCUUCGUUCCAUGGCGGUUGAGAUUUUGGGUGGUUAUUCCGAUGGUUAUAUUAUUAACAACAACAACUUUUUUAUUUAUCAGAAUCCCAAGACACAACAGUAUAUUUACAUCCCUCAUGAUCUUGAUUUUUGUCUUGGUAACACUCUCACGAACAUCUCUCGAUUGUCGUCUGGUAAUUAUUCAGCUAUCUGGGGUUGGGAUCAACGACCUUUGAUCAAACGAAUUAUGCUCGUACCAGAAUUCAAGAACCGACUUGUCAAUCUUCUUCAAGAUUUGAACAAAAAGCUAUUUAAUAUUGAUGUUGUCCGACCCCGUAUUGAUGACCUUGCCGAUAUGCUCCAAGAGGACGUUGCAUGGGACAUAACAUUACCCGGAGUUGCACAAGACACUUUUGAUAACUUGAAACAAAAUAUCCCUGAGGAAUUCACAAGCAAUCCUAUCAUUUGGGAUUCUACUCAACGCAUUUUAAAGAGAAUUCCGGUCGAUGAAGCAAUCAACAAUCUUGAUUCUGAAACUUUGACUUAUAUGAGUCUCAAACAAUGGUUUUUGGUGAUUCAUCAAAAUACAGCAACCUUUUUGUCUCAAUUGUCACCUGCGUAGUAAACAUUUUUUUUUUUAUAAAAUAAAUAUUAAAUAAAAAUCCAGCCCUUCCUUCAUUUUCCUUUAAA